AGUGACCAACCACCGAACCAUUGUGCCCAGCGCUCAAACGUCAUGCCCUACGUGCGGCCACUGCGCCCGUCGUGCAGCAAGAAAGGUCCGGUUGCAUCUGUAGACGCGAGUCGCGACGUAAAUCACAGACGACAGUCGACUUCCUCAUGUCGCUGUGUGAUUGACCGUGCAUAGCAGCUUCUGUUUGGAAGUCCUCAGCACACACAGGCCCUGCUAUGUUGAGGUGUAUCAGCUAUGACUGAUGUGGAGGCGACAUAUGAAGACUUCAUCGCUUCACAGCGGACCGGCCGACGGAACGCCGUACACGACAUCCCACAAUCCCCUGAGGCACAGGGACCCAGCGACCUAUCACACGACCUGGCUCAGCUCAACAUCAACAAAUCCGGUGAAGGAGAGGAUGCUGAAAAGAGCCAGGCCCCGUCAGAGUCUUCAUCCCAACCAGAAGAGGGGGGUUUGCUAUGUAAGCGUACACUGCUAGCUGAUGUCCCCUCCAUAGCGUGUGGCUGAUCAGUGUGUUUACUGUCCCAUGGUCGUGUCCUGUCUCACCCACUGUACCAGGAAUUGAGCUGUGACUUACUCUUUUUUUGUUUUUUUUGUCUGUAUUUCAUAAAACAAGUUAUUAAUCCUAAUUCAUAGGCUACAAUUUCCGUAAUGGAUUAUUUAAUCAGUUUGGAUUAGUAACUCGUGAUGAGAAGAACACUAGUUUUGAAGGUGAGACUGACAUCUAUGCUCGACGCCAUUGUUGAGUUGUUUGUUUGGAUGUACAAAUAAAGAUCAUUCAUCAUU